AUGUCCGACGUCACACCCGCCUUUAACAUGCUUCUCAAGAAGCAUGAUGCUCCUGCCGCCAAAGCAAGCUUCAACCCCGACAAGAUCGACGAGUUCCUCAAGGAAGCCUACCGAAUCUCCUCCCUCAUCACCCGCCUACACACCGACCUCCUCUCCAUCCGCCAGGCCUACCUCUCGACCGCCGCCCCGCGCAAGUCCCUCCUACGCACAAAACCCACCACCACCCAGCCGCCGCCCGCCUCCCAGCGACAGCAGCACCUAACCGACCGAGACCGCGAGGAGAUCGACGCCAGCGCCAAGGUGACGCUGCGCGACCUGAACGCGUCGAUCCGCGCGCUCGCCGACGCGGAGCAGCUGCGCCGCGACACCGAGGCCGCGCUGGCCCGCAAGAGGCGCGGGCGCGGCGGCGUCCUGGGCGCGUGGGCGGCCGGCGGCGGGGGGGCCGACAACAAGAGGAGGAGCCCCGAGCAGGUCGCCGAGGAGGACCGCGCGGGCCAGGUGGGCGCGCACCGGGAGGCUGUGCUGUGGUUCCUGAGGAGGCGGCUGCAGGAGGUCGGGGGCACGCAGCAGAGGAUGAUGGAGACGAGGCUGACGAGGGAGGUGGAGAAGAGCAGGAGCGUGCUUGCUAAGGCUGGGGGAGGGCUCAUGGGGGUUGGGGCUGGGGGUCUGGCGGACUUUUCUGGUCUGGGAGAGGUGGCCAGUUCGAGUUCGGGCUUGGGCGGCUCGGGCCAGGGAUUGGCGGUCGAGGAGGAGGAAGGGGGGAAGAGGCCACAGCUGAACCUGACGGACGAACAGCAACAGAUGUUUGAGAAGGGCAACCAGGACAUGCUGAAGCAUUACGAGAGCACCCUGGACAAAGUCAGGACGGCAGAGAAGUCUCUUCUCGAGAUCUCGGAAUUGCAGACCCUCCUCGUCAGCAACCUCGAGACGCAGUCGGCACACAUCGACCAGCUAGUGGCGGAUUCGUUCAGGACGACGGAUGACAUUGGAGGCGGCAACAAGGAGCUGAAAAAGGCAGCCCAGAGAGCAAGCCCGGCGAGGUACACCUUCUUCGCUGCCAGUGGGCUGUGCCUGUUCCUGAUCGUCUGGGAUCUGGUGAUUUGAGGCUUCUGUUAUUUCUAACCCCCUGCCUGGCUUGCCAGCAGAUGCCUGGCCGUAUAGAUUCCCCAAUGAAAUACAACCAGUGUCACAUGAGGCCACCGUAUAAGACCAGGGCAAUUUCACAGCAUCGUUUUUCAAAGUUGACCCAACAACUAAAUGUACAUAUAUAUGACAAGCUUUUGGACAAUCUUGGCAGAUGCAUGAAUAUCUGUAGCCUAAUAGCAUACCAACUGGAAG